AUGAACUUUAGCGAAAUUGUACAACAAAAUUUACAAGCUCAAUUACAACAACAACAAAUUCAACAAGAGCAAGAAAGAGUUUUACGUGAACAACAACAAAUUCAACAACUCGAACAACAACUUCAUAGAGAACAACAAAAUGGUCCAGCUAGACCCGCCGAAGAAUACUGGCAAAUUUUUGACCAAUCUGUAAAUAGAAUUUUUAAAGAAUGGACUGCAUUACAAUUAGCAUUAGUUAAUGAAUGGGGUGGUAGAUCAAGUGGUGAAAGAGCUCUUGAAAUGAAAGAAGAUAUUUUAGAUCUUUUCUUAACUGGCAAACCAGUCUAUUCAGAUCAAAUCGAAAAAAUUCUCGAUGAAUGUUUAUCACAAGAUUUAAAUACCGUAGCUGAGGAUGGUAGUUAUAAGCAGGUUGCUGAAAUGAUUAUUCAAUGUUAUAAUUUAGCAGCAAGAGGUUUAUAUAAUGAAUUAGUUAAUUUUUUAGGUCCAGAAACCUCAUCUGUUAUUGGUAACUGUGUUAAGGGUGCCGGAAAUGAUUCAGACGAUGAAGUCUCAGAAAUGGGCGAUGAUAGCAUGAUGGAAGAUGACGAUGAUAUGGAAGAUGGAAAUGAUGAUAUGGAAGAAAAAGAAAAAAAUAAAAAAUUCAGUGAACCAGACGAAGAUGGUUGGGUCACAGUCAAUCCAAAAAGAAAAUAA